AUGUCGACCCCCUCCGCCUCUGCGUUCAUGAAAAGCCUACAUAAACUGCACCCAGGUCUCACGAAGAGCAUGCCAGGGCUGAAGCUGGUGGAAGAGUAUGACCCAGAGGAUCUGAGCGAUACUGGGGGCGGGGCGACGCAGGAGUGCGCUUGGGUGGCGGAGCGGGUGGUUGAGUAUGCGAAGGGGGUGGAGAUGGGGCUCGUAGGUGGGAACGGGGCGAUUGGGAGUCGGGGAACUGGGACUGGGGGGAAGAAGGAAGAGGAAGGGGCGGGGAGCGCGAUUGCGGAACUGAAAGACCAGCUUGCGCCCGAGGAGAAAGUUGGGUGGUGGAUUAUCUGGAAUGGGGAUCCGGAGAGGGGGGAUGAUGGGGAGGGAGCUGGUGGAAUGGUGGGGUUGCAGCCUGUUGCGGGGGGGGAAGCGGAUGAAGAGGAGGAUGGAGAUGGCGAUGUCACGCCUGGGGCGGGGGCGGUUGGGAGAGAGGCUGGAAGCCUGCCGGUGCAGCAACAGAAAAGAGAUGUGCAGAUGAAGACGCCAGACAAGAAGUCGAGUCUUGAGGUCCCGACGCGUCUACAUCAAGGACUUUAUGUGGCAGAGGAGACUUUAAGCAAAGUCUGCAAAAACGACGACUGGCAGUCAUCUAGCACAGAUUGGGAAGAUGGCGAACUGAUUCGUCCGUCGAUUUCGGCUCCACCCGGAGCCACGGUAUCGUUCGUGCCAUCGCCCGCCCCCGCGCCGUCCAACACCACCGCUCCUGUCCCGCCUCUAUCAGACGAGGCGACAUCGUUGAUCAACGACCUGAAGACAGUCACACUCUACGCAAGCCUGAUCGCCAACGGCGGCUUCUCUGACGUUCUGUGUUCAGCCAUCAACCCAACUUCGCUCGGUGACGGCACUGGCAUCAACGGCACGGCCGUCCUCUCCGAGAUCUGCUUCACAGCCGCCAUUCAAGCCAUAGAUCCGCCCCUCUACCCUGCGGUGGUCAAGCUGAACCAAGAAGCUGUUGCCACGAAAGGGGUUUUGGAGACAGCGCUGUUUGCGGUGGAGGCUGCGGCGGGGUAUGGUGGCGUCACGGUGUCGAAGGGGGAUUUGGGGAGGUUGUACAGGGAGAUUGAUGAGGUGAAGUUGGGGAAUCUGUUUAUUGGGUUUAAAGAGGGCAGGGCGAAGGAUGUGAGCGGGUUUGUUGGGAGGGCUGCUGGUGUUGUGUAG